AUGGGGCCCUGGCGCUGCCUGCUCCUCCUGCCGCUCCUCGCCGCGGCACCGCGCGCACAGCAGCAGCAGUUCAUGGAGUACGUGGAGCGGCGGCUGGUGAUGCUGGAGGAGAGGAUCGCGCAGUGGCACGAUCAGAGCAGCCGUUACUCCACGGAGCUGCGGGACUUCAAGAACCAGGUGCUGGGCAUGCUGGAGACGGCGGAGAAGGAGCGCGAGGCUCUGCGGACCGAGGCGGAGAGCGCGGCGGCGCGGGUGGACCGCCUGGAGCGAGAGGUGGAUUACCUGGAAACGCAGAACCCCGCACCGCCCUGCGUGGAGGUGGACGAAGUGCUGACGGAGAAGCAGGCGGCCACGGCCAAGCAGAGGAAGAACGAGAAGUACAGCAAAGUGACGGAUUGCAGUGACACCAUUGCAAGCGUCAGAGCCAUGAAGAUCCUGAAGCGCUUCGGCAGCGCCGUGGGGCUCUGGACCAAGGAUGCUGCAGGGAACUCCGAGAAGAUUUACGUCUUCGAUGGCACCGCCAACGACACGGUGUACGUCUUCCCCCGCAUGCGGGAGUUCACGCUCUUCUCGGCCACGCGCCGUGCAGCCCGCAUCAAGCUGCCCUACCCCUGGGUGGGCACCGGGCACCUGGUCUACGGCGGGUACCUCUACUACAUCCGCCAGCAGGGCCCAUUCCAGGUGAUCAAGUUCGACCUGGCCAACAAGACGGUGGUGGACAGCUCGGUGUUCCCAGCCGAGGAGCAGAUCCCCGUCUUCGGGCUCUCCCCCUUCACCUACAUCGAGCUGGCGGCGGACGAAGAGGGGCUCUGGGCCAUCUACGCCACCAAGGAGAACGAGAAGAACAUCUGCCUGGCCAAGCUGGACCCCGACUCGCUGGACAUCGAGCAGAUGUGGGACACGCCGUGCCCGCGGGAGAACGCCGAGGGCGCCUUCGUGGUGUGCGGGGCUCUGCACGUGGCCUACAACACCCGGCUGCCCAGCCGCUCCCGCGUGCAGUGCGUCUUCGACGUCAGUGGGACGCUGCCCCCCGAGGAGGCUUCCCUCGUGUACUUCCCCAAACGCUACGGCUCCCAUUCCAGCAUGAAGUACAGCCCCCGCGAGAGGCAGAUCUACGCCUGGGACGACGGCUAUCAGAUCAUCUACCGCAUGGAGAUGAAAAAGAAGCUGGAGGUCUGAAGGGCCCCUGCAAAAGCCUGGACUGAUGAAAUGAGGUUUUCUACUAUGUGAUGCAAUGAAUAAAUGCUAUGCAGCACA